AUGCUGCUGGAAUCGGCCAUCGAACAGGCCAAGCUCAAGAAAAGCCGACUUACCAUCUGCUGGCUCGACCUUGCCAACGCUUUUGGCUCGCUCCCCCACGAUUUCCUCCAUCAACUCUUUCAGAGUCUUCCGAUCCCGACAGAGCUCCGUGACAUCCUCACUGACAUCUACACCAACAGCAUCUUCCAGUUUGUUGUCAACAAGGAACUGGUCACCAUUCAACCCACGUCCGGUGUCCGUCAGGGAGAUGGGCUAAGCUCCAUCAUAUUCAACCUUGCCGCUGAGCCCCUCAUCCGCUGCGCCAAGGCUCCUACCAACCAUGGCUUUACUCUCUUCGGCUCCCUGCUGAAGGCCACUGCUUACGCGGAUGACGUCGCCCUCAUCGGAUCCUCUCCUGAUCAGCUUCAGCCUACUCUUGACGCCAUGCUUGCUGUGGCAGCGAAACUUGGGCUCAGGUUCAACGUCGCAAAAUGCUCUUUCCUCUCCCUGUCCAAGGGUAAGGCCACCAACUCAUCUCUCCUGCACAUUCAUGGCACCUCUCUUCGCUGCUUGGAGGAAGGUGAGAGCGAGUGCUACUUAGGAGUCCCCAUGGGCACUCGUCUAACAUUUCGACCCGUCUGUGAUCUGCCCGACAAGCUGACUAAGGUCGCCGAUUCAGACUUGGCGCCUUGGCAAAAACUGGAGGUUUACAGAGCCCACCUACUGCCGUCUCUCUCUCACCAUCUCGCCACAGGGAUGGUCCUUCGCGGUUUUCUCGACGAGAUGGAUGCUCGCUGUGCCAAAUUCCUCCGUUUCGUGGCCAACGUCCCCCACACUGCUCAUAACGGCUUCCUCUAUUCCGAUCGCAGGGCUGGCGGCUUAGGUGCCUCUCAACUGGCUAAAGAUUCGGACAUCUGGAUCAUCGCUCGUGCCGCUCAACUCCUCGAUAGCAACGAUCCGGUGGUCCGCCUCACUGCCAGAUCCCAGCUCAGCCAAAACAUCUCCAGGGGAUUCAACGGCAAGCCGCCUGAUCCGCUGCCCCUCUCUAACUACCUCUCUGGCUCGGUAGAAGGCGGACUCCACGACACCCGUUUCUACAGGUGUGGCUCCAAUACCUGGUCCCGUGCCAGGAAAUCAGCACGAAGACUUGAAGUUAGGAUCGAUGUAUCCGGCGAUGAAUCGACCAAAGUGAUCGCCGACGACGUCUCCUGCCUCUCGCUGAAAGCUGUAAGGGGCCUCCGCUCAGUCAUCCGGAAACGCUGGACAAUCUCCCUCACAAAUGCCUUGCAUCAGGGCAGGGUAGCAAGGGGGCUACUACUCGACCCAUCUAACGACAUUGCCCGCCUCUCAUCUCAUCGGACCUGCCUCUCAUUCAACGAGUGGAAUGUCAUCCACAAGAGCCGCCUCGGCCUGCUUCCGCUCCUCGGGAAUCCUGGUUGCUCUGCUCCCAACACCAAGUGCAGGAGAUGCAAGGUUGAUGCCGAGACUACCUCACACGUAACCAGCCACUGCCGCAGUAAUCUUCCGGCCAUUGGCCGCCGACACGACCUCGUGCUGGCGGAAAUUGUGAAAACCAUCACCAGGGCCGGCCAUGCAGCGUCUGUCAACAGAGUCUUCCCUGGCUCAACCCUGAGGCCGGACAUAGUCAUCUCCUCGACCGACCCACCAACAAUAAUUGAUCUCACCAUCACCUUCGACGCUCCCGAGUCCCUCGACGCUGGCCAUGCCAGAAAAAUAGAGAAAUACAGCUGCCUGGGGUUAACUCUGCCCUUCGUUAUUGGCGCCUUGGGAUCCUGGCUCCCCUCAAACAACGCAGUGGCCGUCGCCCUCAACAUCCCCCCGGCUCCUUGGCGCCGCCUCCGGAGGAAGUGCCGUCUGAUGGCCAUCCAGGGAUCUGUCUCCAUCAUUCAUCGCCACAUCCGCGGACAUGGGGAUGACCAGGAAGCCAAUAUUCCGGCUCCUUAA